AUGGAUAGCCAAAAGGUCAUCGGAGGUGAGGAAGUCAAGAAUAAGACUGUUUCCAGUGGCUGUUUUACGGCAUACAUGAGCGUGAAGGAGUUGAAGGACGCCCUGCAGCUCAACGGUACUCACUUCCUCAAUGUCUACUUUGCCAGCUCAGUGCGGGAAGACCUUGCAGGUGCUGCCACCUGGCCUUGGGACAAGGAAGCCAUCAGUCACCUGGGUGGUGUUGUCCUCAACCCAGCCUACUAUGGCAUGCCUGGCCACACCAACAUCAUGAUUCACGAAGUGGGGCAUGUCCUGGGACUCUACCACGUCUUCAAAGGUGUCAGUGAAAGAGAAUCCUGUGAUGACCCCUGCAGGGAGACGGUGCCGUCCAUGGAAACAGGAGACCUCUGUGCCGACACUGCCCCCACUCCCAAGAGUAAGCUGUGCCAGGACCCAGAGCCUACCAAUGACACCUGUGGCUUCACCUCCUUCGCUGGGGCUCCAUUCAACAACUACAUGAGCUACACAGACGAUGACUGCACUGACAGCUUCAGCCCUAACCAAGUGGCCCGAAUGCAUUGCUAUCUGGACCUUGUGUAUCAGCAAUGGAGUCAAAGCAGGAAGCCCACCCCCAUCCCCAUCCCACCCGUGGUUGUCGGGCAGACCCACAAGUCCCUCACCAUCCACUGGCUGCCUCCAAUCAGUGGAGUUGUGUAUGACAGGGUCCCGGGCAGUGUGUGUGGAGCCUGCACUGAAGAUGGGACAUUCCGUCAGUAUGUGCACACAGCUUCCUCCCGGCGGGUGUGUGACUCCUCAGGUUACUGGACCCCAGAAGAGGCUGUGGGGCCUCCUGACGUGGAUCGGCCCUGCGAGCCCAGCUUGCAGGCCUGGAGUCCCGAGCUGCACCUGCACCACAUGAACAUGACGGUCCCCUGCCCCGCGGAAGGCUGUAGCCUGGAGCUGCUCUUCCGCCACCCGGUCCUGGCCGACACCCUCACCCUAUGGAUCACGUACCUCGCCAUGGACUCCCCCAGGGCUCUCUUUGACACGGAGAUCUUGCUGGAACACCAGGAGUCUGUGCACCUGGGCCCCUUAGACACUUUCUGUGACACCCCACUCACUGUCAAACUGCACGUGGAUGGGAAGGUCACGGGGGUGAAAGUCUACACCUUCGACGAGCGGAUGGAGAUCGACGCGGCGCUGCUGACGUCCCAGCCCCACAGUCCCUUGUGCUCUGGCUGCAGGCCCGUGAGGUACCGGGUGCUCCGCGAGCCCCCGUUCUCCAGUGGCUUGCCCGCGGUGGUGACACACCCGCACCGGAAGUUCACGGACGUGGAGGUCACACCUGGGCAGAUGUAUCGGUACCAAGUUCAAGCUGAAGCUGGAGCAGAACUGGGUGAAGCUUCACCUCCUCUGAACCACGUCCACGGAGCUCCCUACUGUGGAGAUGGGAAGGUGGCAGGGAGCCUGGGAGAAGAGUGUGAUGAUGGAGACCUUUUGAGUGGAGAUGGCUGCUCAAGAGCGUGUGAACUAGAGGAAGGGUUCAACUGUGUGGGGGAGCCAAGCCUUUGCUACAUGUUCGAGGGAGAUGGGAUAUGUGAGCCUUUUGAGAAGGAAACCAGCACCAUAGACUGUGGUCUCUAUACUCCCAAAGGAUACUUGGAUCUGUGGGCUACCCAAGCUUACUCCUCCCAUGAAGACAAGAAGAUGUGUCCUGUUUCCUUGGUAACUGGAGAACCUCAUUCCAUGAUUUGCACAUCAGACCAUCCAGAUUUACCCAAGCCACGUCCCCUGACUGGCUGGUUUCCCUGUGUCAUCAGUGGAAAUAAACCUCAGGAUGAAGGGAGUGAGCAGCGAGAAGGUAGCCUGGAGAAAGAGAAGGAGGUUUGGCUCGAAGUGUGUUUCAAUAGACCAGGAGUGGCUGCAGCAAUUUUCGUUUUCUUGACUUCUGAUGGUCUGGACCCUGGGGAGCAUCAGCAGUCAACGGUGACCCUUUACCUAACUGAUGUCAGUGGAAGCAACCACUCUCUUGGAACCUAUGAACUGUCAUGCCAGCAUAACCCACUGGUUGUCAAUGUGACCCAUCACCCACAUGUCCUCUUUCACCAUACCACCUCAGUGCUGCUGAAUUUCUCAUCUCCAUUGGUGGGCAUCUCAGCCGUGGCUCUAAGGAUAUCCUCCCACAUCAGUCCUUCAGCUUCCAAUAACUGCAUCCCAGAGCACAAGGGGCAAAGUCAUCAGAGACAGAGCUGUGUCCACCGGCCCUGUGGGGAGCAGGACAGCUGUGCACCAUUGCUGCUCGAUCACGCCAAUGUGGCAAACUGUACCUCCAGUGGCCCAGGUCACAUGAAGUGUGCUAUCACCUGUCAAAGGGGGUUUGCGCUACAGACCAGCAGUGGACAGUACCUCAGGCCCAUGCAGAAGGAAAUUCUUCUCACGUGUUCCUCUGGGCACUGGGACCGGGACGUGAGCUGCAUGCCCAUUGACUGUGGCGUUCCCGAUCCGUCUUUGGUGAACUAUGCAACCUUCUCCUGCUCAGAGGGAACUGACUUUCUGAAACGCUGCUCAAUCUCUUGUGUCCCACCAGCCAAGCUGCAAGGACUGAGCCCGUGGCUGACCUGUCUUGAAGAUGGGCUCUGGUCUCUCCCCGAAGUCUACUGCAAGCUGGAGUGUGAUGUGCCCCCUGUUAUUCCCAAUGCCAACUUGCUCCUGCCUCACUGCCUCCAGGGCAACCACGAUGUGGGCACCAUCUGCAGAUAUGAAUGCAAACCCGGCUACUACGUGGAAAGUGCUGGAAGUAAAGUCAGGAACAAGUUCCUGAAGGUACAGUGCCUGGAAGGUGGAAUCUGGGAACAAGGCAGCUGCAUCCCUGUGGAGUGUGAGCCCCCUUCUCCUGUUUUUGAAGGCAUGUAUGAAUGUACCAAUGGCUUCAAGCUGGACAGCCAGUGUGUGCUCAACUGUAACCAGGAAAGUAGAAAGCUUCCCACCCUCUGCACUCAAGAAGGGCUGUGGACCCAGGAGUUCAAGUUGUGUGAGAACGUGCAAGGGGAAUGCCCACCACCCCCGUCGGAGCUGAAUUUUGUAGAGUUCAAGUGUGAACAGGGAUACGGGAUUGGUGCGGUGUGUUUCCCAUCGUGUGUAAUUCCCCCUAGUGAUCCUGUGAUGCUGCCAGAAAACAUCACUGUGGACACUCUGGAACACUGGAUGGAACCUGUCAAAAUCCAGAGCAUCGUGUGCACUGGCAGGCGUCAAUGGCACCCAGACCCCGUCCUGAUCCACUGCAUCCAGUCGUGUGAG